UCUAUUCUUGUGCGGUAAAUUUUUUGACAAUGUGGCGGAAACGAUUGAUCUAGCGUCUGUGUUGGUAGAGGGAUCGGUUCGGUAAUUCCGAAACCAGAUGGGUGCAAGUCGCAAAACACCGCGUCCAAGCCUCCUGCCGUGCACAGAGCAUCUUUCAAACCAGCAGCGCAGUAGAAAUGCAGCAACCGAUCGGUUCCAUUCGUCCAUCCAUCCGUCCUACUCCACCCUCAGCUUUACGAACCGGUAUUUCCCAAACAUGUCCUUGUAUGAGGAUUCGAAACAGACCCUUCUCCCCCGCCCCUUCGCCGAUCCGCCGUCCUCUCGCGACAGAAGUUCCUCGAUCAUCCGGGGGUGGGUGGGAUCGACCUCCAUCCAGCACACAGCCCGAGGGCUGCACCAUUCGGGGAGUUUUUCGAUGAUGGUUCGGACGACGUCCAACCCAUCAUCCCCGCCGCACAGGGCCCGAUCGCUUUCGUACUUCCAUACGUCGUCGGUUAGGGUUUCCAUGUCGGCCCGGGGGAUGUACGGAGGGUUGCUGACAACCACGUCGAAGGAUUGGUUCGGCUGGAAGUCGGCCGCUGGGCAUAGUUUCGCCUGGUAGCGGUCGGCGGCCGAGCCUCCCAGCACGUGCUCGGCAUUUUCGGCCGAAACGGCAACGGCCACCGGCUCGACAUCGAUCGCUUCAACCACGGCGUCCGGAAGGAGGUCGGCCAGCGAAAUCCCGAUGACCCCCGUCCCGCAUCCGACGUCCAGUAUGCGCAGGGGUUGGUUGGUUUUGGAGGAACGUUCCUUUGCGAUUUCCCCGGAGAUUUCCGCCACUAAUUCCUCCGUUUCGGGCCUCGGGCAGAGGAGGGGCCUGCGGAUGGCGAUCGUGUAAUCGAGAAAGUCCCAUUUUCCGAGGACGUACUGGAUGGGUUCGUGAGCCUCCCUCCGCUUAAGCAUCCCUUCUAGAUCGCUGGCCUGCUCGGAGGUCAAUGGUUUCGAGCGGAGAUUGGCAUUGCUGACACUUCUGCCCCCCCCCACCUGGAGGUCUCGAAUUCCUCGUUCCCAUGGCAGUUUUAGGGCCGCCGCCACCAGAUACAAGGCGGAAUAGUCGGGCUCGGUCACGUUUUUGGCCUCGAGGCGACGAAUGCAUUCGUCGAUGGCUCUGCCGACGGUCCAGCCGGGAAUUAUCGCUGGUGUUUUUCUUUCGCAACUAGUUGCACGAUCAUUGUCGAGAGUCUCUGCGUCACCUUCGUUGUUGGCGGAAUUCAAAGUCAAACACAAACUGCGAUGGCGUCUGGAUCGUUUGCCAAUGCAGACCCGGCUUUCUGUCCCAUGCAUUUGUUCCAACGGCGUUUGAAUUCGACUUUCCACCAGAGCCCAUGCCCUGCUCGUCGUCAACGCCAUCGUUCUCGUCGCUGUCCUCGCCGUCAGGGUUGCCGCUAGUAGUAGCAUUACGGCAAUUUUGGACGACGAGCAAAAGAGUACGGUUCGGGUCCGUGGGAUCAUACCGAGGAAUUUAAAUUAAAAUACUCUAAACGAU